ACCGAAAUAUGUAGUCGGCCAUAAAAGAAGAAGAAGAAGAAGAAGUUCAGUGCACAGAAGCUUCUACAGUAAAUAGCUUACGUUGUACAUUGAUAAAUAAGAAGACAUGCUUUCCGUCCUCACAUUGCUAUUGAUCUUGUUCAGUCUAAAUGAGGCCAAACAGAAAGAUUUGUACACUUUCAAAGUUGUUAAUAGCAGAGGGAGAUUAGUCUCUUUGGAAAAAUACAGGGGUUCGGUGUCUCUUGUGGUGAAUGUGGCCAGUGACUGUGGCUUCACUGAGGAUCACUACACAGACCUUCAACAGCUGCAGAGGGACUUUGGGCCGUCCCACUUCAACAUCCUGGCCUUCCCCUGCAACCAGUUUGGCCAGCAGGAGCCUGGCAGCGACAAGGACAUUGACGCCUUUGUCCGGCGUGUCUACGGAGUCUCCUUCCCCCUCUUCAGCAAGAUUGCUGUGGUGGGCACCGGGGCCAACAAUGCCUUCAAGUACCUUGUGGAGAUGUCAGGAAAAGAGCCCGACUGGAACUUCUGGAAGUACCUCAUCGAUACAGAUGGGAAAGUCGUGGAUGCCUGGGGACCCAGUGUCUCUGUCAAAGAACUCCGACCUAAAAUAGCUGAAAUGGUACGGAAUAUCAUCCUCAAGAAGAAAGAGGAACUUUAACUCAACACCUCAAGACCCAUCUGACAAUCUAUUCAGGAAUAUCCUAUGUGAUUGAAAUCCACUGUCUGCAACAAAAACACCCCGAGCAUCAUAGAAAUACGCACUAAGCACCACACACUCCAAGCACCACACACUACAUAUGGUAAAUGUUGUAUUCUACAGAUGUAGGAUCUUAAUUUGAGCUAGUUUGCUACAUCAGGAAAAUAAUCCUGCAGCAAUAGAAAAUGUGAAUUAUUAUGUGGAUUAUAAUUAAUGGGCAUUUUUGUAGGUGUUGAUACAUUUUUAGGGAAAAUCAAGUCUGGAAUUUCAAAUGUGAAAUUACAAGCUUCAGAAGCCUUUUUAAACCUCAAAUACACUAAAUAGUUUAAAAUCUCCUGCAACAGGGUGAUCAAAUUAAGAUCCUGUAUCUGUGCCCCUAUUAACUUUUAUGAAACCACCUCUACGACUGCAUUCAGCAUACUGAUAUCCUCUUUUGGAAGCAGUUGAUCUGCCUGCGAAAAACUCUCAUCAGUAAUCAGAGCUUAUUGUUGUGCUGUUGAGAGGUUCUUUGUAUUGGAUUGCCUUUUCAUGGUACAUGUGUGCACAUUAAUAAAUAUACUUUUACAAAGUGGCA